AUCGUCAAAAAAAAAGAAAAACCCUAAAAAAAUCCUACACCGCCUCUUACCUUGAUAUAAAUACCUUGCAUGUUUACACUUUCGGAUCAUCACUAACCUUGAUUUUUUGCAUUGAUUUUUUUUAGUUAUACAUCUUAUUUUCGUUACUAUAAAUUCUAAUGGUUUUUUUUAACGAUUGUAGGUUUUGGAUGAGUGAAAGCAACCAUGAUGCAUAAAGAAGAUUUAGUGAUGUUUCAAUUGAUUAACGGACUAAUCAAGGUGCGGUUCAGAAAUUUAUGUUCCAAAACAUUGUUACAAAUCGAUGGGGGAAAAGGGACAUAUUCCAAAAUCUGAUACACAUGGUCUACAGUGUCACUCAACGUCAUGUGUUCUCUGAUGGCAUUGAAGACAGAGUUGUGGUGGGGAGCCUUGAUCUUAACCAAUGCCGUUGGCUUCCUGAUGAAAUUGCUGGAACAAAACCAGAGGGGAUUGGUGUGGAUUUUGCGAGAGCAUACUUAAGCAACGUCUGUGUUGCAAAAGAGCUGCAUCGUAAUGGAGUUGGUUACAAACUCAUUGAUAAGUCCAAGAGAGUGGGGUAAGAAUGUUUAAUCAAACUCCUUAGACGUGUCCAGUUGGAGUUAAAAAAAGAGUUGUGAAUAUGGUUCAAGCAUAACGGAUAUGUACGUGCAUG